AUGUCAAAAAUUAGUGUGCUGCACUUUGGUCACAACAAUUUGACUCAGUGGGACAAUAAUUGGUUGGGUGGGACUUCAAAGCCUGAUUAUGUGAUGGCCGGUUUUAACCAGUUUAGCGAAAUUCCAGACGAAGCGUUCAAGAAUUACCCGAAGUUGUACAGUAUUGAUCUCCAGGGGAAUAAAAUUAGGAAGAUUUCAGCCAAAGCUUUUCAUAAGUUGGAACACGUUGUUAAUUUUAGUUUGCGUGAUAAUGAAAUUGAUAGUUGGUUGGUGUUAGUAUCGGGUACUAUUGAUCUUAGCGGGAAUAAGUUGAAGUGUAUUGAAGGGGACUUGGACGACAUUUUCAAGAAUAAUGAUUUUGUGCAAUUGGAGGAUAAUCCUUGGGACACAGAGUCUACAGAAAAAAUUAAGGAUUUUACUACGAGGAAGCAAAAGGCACCGAAGACGAGAUCGUACGUUCCGAAUUAA